AUUUUCUUGGCCAGUAAGUUUCAAGCCCAUUGGCCCAGUGGGGCAAGGUGCCAAUUGUUUUUAAUGUAGAGCCCUGCAUUGGAAGAACUGCAUGUGACACGACUGUCUUGUCUGCCUUCCACUAAAGAGCACCGGAGACAAGCGGAACCAGCAGUGUGUGUGUACAGACCUGUGUGUGCAGCCCUCCUCAGUAGUGCAGGGGUAAGCCUGGGCUCUCUCAGAACCGUACCGGGGGGCCAGCCCAGCACCCCCAACUUGAACCCCCCCAGCCAGAUCGACCCCAGUUCCAUCGAGCGGGCCUACGCAGCCCUGGGCCUCACCUACCAGGGCAACCAGAUGCCUCAGCAGCCCCCCCAGGGCAACAUGGCCAACCAGGGUCUGCCUGGCCAGCCCGGCAUGAGGUCCCUCAACACCAUGGGAGGGAACCCCAUGGGAGUGAAUGGUGGGGUGCAGCAGCCCAACCAACAGUCCAACCUGCUCCCAGACGCCAUGCAGCACAACAGCAUGAACGCACAGAGUUUGAUGAAUGACAGUGGGGUGGGCAGUCUGGGCUCCAUGUCCACGGCAACUCCUCCCUCAGCACCGGGCAUGAGGAAGUCCUGGCAUGAGGACAUCACCCAGGACCUGCGCAACCACCUCGUCCAUAAGCUGAUGAGUACUGGUACCUGAUAUCUGAGAAGAUCUAUUGGAUCCAGAAGGAGCUGGAGGAGAAGAGGAGGAAGUGGCUGCAGAAGCAGGACAUGAGUUGAUCAGACCCCGCUUAAAUGUUUGAUAAUUUACUGAUAAUUAUCCAUUAGUGUUUUGUCUGCACAAAUCAAUCAUUCAUUUGAACUCUAUUCUCUGCCCUCAUAUUGUUCAUAUGACUCAUCAUGGACAUGCUCUCAGUUUGGAACAAAUUAUUUGUGAUGCACUUGUUUUUUGUCAACAGGACUUUUCCAAAUAACAUUAAUGACGCUGAGCAUAUUUCCAAGGCCGGGCUUGGGCCGGGUCUGCCGUGCUGUUAGAAAUGUGACUCUUGUUCUAACUUGCACUGAAAUGUUUUCUGAAUAGUUUUGUGCUGUUUCUAAGUCACUGACCCUAACCCUAACCACAAGACACAAAAAGAAUUACAUAGUAUUGCAGUUGCCAGUCUAAGCACUCAUUUAUUUAUUUUGUAUUAAUUUGAGACUUGAUGCACUAAUGAGUUAAUUUGAUAUAUUUUAGGAUUUCCAGGUGUGAUUGGAUGCAUAGAUGGCACUUAAAUUCCUAAAACAGCUCCAUCAUUAAAUUAAGGAGAUUAUGUGAAUAGGAAGUGUUGGGAUGAUGUCACGAUGGCUGUAAAGAUGGACAACAUUUAAAAGGGUUGACUUGGUUUAUUAGAGUGAGCUUGGAUCAUUUAAACCAGUCCAGGCAAAGUGGUCACAUGAGUGAGGCCAUGAGUUACAGAAUGCCUUAUAUAGAACGGAGUAUAGUGGGUCAAAUAUAGUUUCCAUAUACAUUUUCCUUACUGGGCACAGCAUGUGGUCAGAAUAUUAGCGUUUUUACAUUUACAUUUAGCAGACCAGAGCAACUUACAUUAAGUACAGGGACAUUCCCCCGAGGCAAGUAGG